UUGAAUUCCCCUUCCCCAGCCAACCGGAGCUGAAUCAUUAUAGUCAAAUCAUUAUAUACUCCGGCGAACGACCACCUUCACCGGCGGCCGAUGGCUUCUACAUUAUUCUCCCACCUAAAAUACUCCGACAGCUUAACGGUGGUCGCAAUUUCAAUCUUCACCGCCGUAGUCUGCGAAGCUAUCUCGUGGCUACUAAUCUACCGCACCAGCUCCUACAAGUCUCUCAAAUCCACCAUAGACAAGGCCUCCAAAAAGCUCGAAACCAUGAAAACCCCUAACGGCACCAGUGAACUCACUAAGAAAUCAAAAACCAAGAAAAUCGACCGCGUCGAGACCUCCUUGAAGGAAUCCAGCCGCGAUUUGUCUCUAUUUAAGUUCAAAUCCGGCGCUGUCGUCGCGGUCGUUUUAUUUAUGGUUUUCGGAUUGUUGAAUACUUUGUUCGAAGGGAAACCCGUUGCGAAACUGCCGUUUGUUCCCUUGCGGAUUGUUCAGAAGAUGAGUCAUCGUGGCUUGUCCGGGGACGACAUGACUGAUUGUUCGAUGGCCUUUUUGUAUUUUCUUUGCUCGAUUAGUAUUAGGACUAACCUUCAGAAGUUCUUAGGUUUUUCGCCGCCACGCGGAGCUGCUGGUGCUGGCCUUUUCCCCAUGCCCGAUCCCAAAACCAGCUGAUUGAUCUGAUCCAUCCGCCAAAAAGCUCCUAGUUUUGGUAUUAAUUGCCUAGUGUUUUGAGUUUUUAGUUGUCACCUUUUGUUUUUUUAAUUUUCUUUCUGGAAGUCUGAAUUUUGAGAUCAUAAUUGGAAGUAGACUGUUAAGUAUUUAGUCAUUGAAUGGAAUAGUACUGUUGAUAUUUUUUUCCAACUUUAUUCUUUCCCGAAACCGGAAAAGUAAUGAAGAACUCAUUUCUGUAUGUUGUUGCAGUUGUCAAUUUUUGUGAUAAUUAUUAAAUUAUUGCUUAUCUUU